CGAGUGUGUCGUCACUGAAAGCAAAAUUCUAUCAUGAGCUUAAGCUUCUGUUCUUUCACUCGCCUAUCACCUCAAAUUCACGAACUCAAUAUUCAAUGGAAUCCAAGCCCUAAUCGAUCAAACUUUCCGCUCAGUUUAAUAACAAACACCUCCAACACUUCGUCAAGAUUAAUUGCCAGAGUUCUUGAACAAGGCCUCGAAGUUGCCUCCCCCGACACCGAUGUGUCUUUGCGAAACCCCGUAAUUGACCCAAAAGAAGAAGAAGAAGAGGUCCCUGGAGCUCUCAAUGGACUCGCAGGCGCUGAAUUAGACAAUAAAAAAGUAAAUUCGUCAAGUAGAUUUAAGAAGAAGAGAGACGACGAGGACAGUUCUGAUAAUAGGUUCAAGUUGCAAAAUGGAAAGGAGGUAUUUGAAGAAAAAGCCUACCUUGUGGGUGUUGAACGCAAAGGUGAUAAAGAGAAUUUGUUUGGUAUAGAGGAGUCUCUCAAGGAACUGGGCCAGCUAGCUGACACUGCUGGGCUGAUGGUUGUUGGUUCCACGUAUCAAAAGCUAACUUCUCCAAACCCGAGGACCUACAUUGGAUCUGGCAAGGUUGCUGAAAUUAAGAGUGCAAUUCAUGCUCUGGGGGUUGAGACUGUAAUAUUUGAUGAUGAGCUUUCAGCAGGGCAAUUACGCAAUUUGGAAAAGGCUUUGGGUGGAGAUGUUAGAGUUUGUGAUCGCACUGCCCUUAUCCUGGAUAUUUUCAACCAGCGAGCAGCAACACAUGAAGCAGCUUUACAGGUUGCACUGGCACAAAUGGAAUACCAGUUACCUCGGUUAACUAAAAUGUGGACUCAUCUUGAACGUCAAGCAGGAGGACAGGUGAAGGGUAUGGGUGAGAAACAAAUUGAAGUGGACAAACGUAUCUUACGUACUCAAAUUGGGGUUCUCAGAAAAGAGCUAGAAUCUGUUAGAAAACAUCGUAAGCAAUACCGGAACCGGCGCAUUUCUGUACCUGUCCCUGUAGUGUCAUUGGUUGGGUACACAAAUGCUGGAAAGAGCACUCUUUUAAAUCGACUAACCGGAGCUAAUGUUCUUGCUGAGGAUCGAUUAUUUGCAACCCUUGAUCCAACUACAAGAAGGGUUCAGAUGAAAAAUGGGAAGGAGUUUCUUCUUACAGAUACCGUUGGGUUUAUUCAGAAGUUACCAACUACCUUGGUUGCUGCCUUCAGAGCAACGUUGGAGGAGAUAUCGGAGUCAUCACUUUUAGUGCAUGUGGUUGACAUCAGCCAUCCCCUGGCACAGCAACAGAUACAUGCUGUGGACAAAGUUCUGUCAGAGCUAGAUGUGUCAUCAAUUCCAAAGUUAAUGGUCUGGAACAAGGUUGAUAGGGUUAGUGAUCCUCAAAAGAUCAAGUUGGAAGCAGAGAAAAGGGAAGAUGUUGUUUGCAUAUCUGCUUUGAGUGGUAACGGAUUAGACGAAUUCUGCAAUGCGGUUCAGGAAAAAUUGAAGGAUUCUAUGGUCUGGGUGGAAGCAUUGGUCCCAUUUGACAAAGGCGAGCUUCUCAGUACCAUACAUCAAGUUGGAAUGGUGGAGAGAACUGAAUAUACAGAAAAUGGAACAUUAGUGAAGGCAUAUGUUCCCCUUCGUUUUGCAAGGCUGCUGACACCAAUGAGGCAGAUGUGUAUACCAUGAUUCCCAACUUUGUUGGUCGAUAUCAUCUUUUUUUUUUUUUUUUUUUUUUUUUUUAAAUUGUUAUUGGACCAAUCCUCUUCAUGUAUGUGUAAUCUUAUGGGCAAAUACUAUUUUUCAGAGACA